UCCCUGCUCGGUGAGGCCUUCACGGGCUUGGACUGGGCUUUCUGACCGUCUCCCGCCGGUUGCAGGAAGUUGGCCGCAUGAAGAUCGAGCUCUUUGCAGACGUUGUGCCUAAGACGGCCGAGAAUUUUAGGCAGUUCUGCACUGGAGAAUUCAGAAAAGAUGGGGUUCCAAUAGGAUACAAAGGGAGCACCUUCCACAGGGUCAUAAAAGAUUUCAUGAUUCAGGGUGGAGAUUUUGUUAAUGGAGAUGGUACUGGAGUCGCCAGUAUCUACCGGGGGCCAUUUGCAGAUGAAAAUUUUAAGCUUAGACACUCAGCUCCAGGCUUGCUUUCCAUGGCAAACAGUGGUCCCAGUACCAAUGGCUGCCAGUUUUUCAUCACCUGCUCUAAGUGUGAUUGGCUAGAUGGGAAGCACGUGGUAUUUGGAAAAAUCAUUGAUGGACUUCUGGUGAUGAGAAAGAUUGAGAACGUUCCCACAGGCCCCAACAAUAAACCCAAGCUGCCUGUGGUGAUCUCACAGUGUGGAGAGAUGUAGUCCAGAGGAAGACUGAAUCAGCUCUCAGGUGAUGCUGAUGCUGACUUGGAGUGGCAAGGCUACAGGGGAAUAACAGUCUGUCCUUUAAUUGAGAACCCACCAUAUUCCAAU